GAUUGGUGCAAAAAGGGGGCGUUCCGCAUUGCACAUUUUCACAGUUUUCCGUUCAACGAAAGUAAACACGGUCAAUUUUGUCUUCAAUUUUCCAAGUUUCACCUCAAAGGUUUUGGGUAAAUUUCAGAUUUUCCAUGGGAAGGCACGCAUCCUUUUUGGCGCGGACAGUCCUUGUCCGCAACGGAAACAUCGAACAGGCUUGCAGAUUGCUGAACCGAAUUAUGGGACGCGAAGGCUUCUUUGAGCAGUACCGCUUAACAAGAUAUUACGAAAAACCGUUUGAAACAAGGCGAAGGAUAAACUUCAACAAGUGCAAAGCGAUUUACAACGAAGACAUGAGCAGAAAAAUCGAGUUUGUUCUGCGAAAGAACAGGAUCGAGCCAUACCCUGGCUACUGUUGAAUGAACACAAAGUGAAAUUAUGCGCGCCUGUGGUUGUAAUUAGAAAAAUAUCAAUAAUAAUUUUAGCCCAA